AGUCGAGGCUCGGCCACCAACACGAGCGGGACGGUCCCAUUUUCCGUCUCAACGUUCAAAUUCAACAAAAAAGACCCAACAAAAUUCACAUAAAGGAACAACUAAAUUAUUUCUAUCAAAAUUUCCGCCGAAUUAUUAUUUGAGAAAAGAAAAAUGGUAACGACACUCGGUGAUUGUGAAUAUUCGUGAUCGCCACGUGGUGGAAUAUCAAAAGUGUGUCGUGCUAUUCCUUUGUGUCUGCUGGUGUGUGUGUAUGUGUGUUUUUCAAAAUUUAAAGAUGAUGGAAUGCCAUCAUCAGGUGAUGUUUUAGAGUCGUUAAUGAUUCGCCAGACACACACGGGUGAAACAUAAUUUUGUCGGGUCGAUGAUGCGUCGUCACGUUUGAGAAACCAAAAUGGCGUCACCAUCUUUUACACAUUGAAAUUUUUGGGUAUUUAAAAAAUAGUGUUUCGGUGUGUGUGUGUGUGCAGUGUGCAGUGCAGUUUUUAUAUAUUUUUUUCACGAAGAAAGAAGAGUCGAACGAGAUGGGCGGGCCCGUCAUUUGUUGAGGCGUUUUCGGUUCAAAAAAAUAGAAAUCGACCGAAUAGAAGAAGAAGAAGAAGUCACGAAUUUUCCACCAACAAGUUGUUGAUCGGCGGUCGUCAUGGCGACGAAACGCGAUCGCAAAACGGCCUUCCCUUUCAUCAAGCCUAAGGGCAGCAUCAAGAAAGAUGUCCAACAGUACAGGAAAGCGGUGAUGAGCCAAAAUGGCGACGAUGCGGAAGCUCGUGACGCCAUGAUUAAUCCUGUCCAGCGGCGCGAAUCAUCUGCUGCCAGGUUUCUCAAACACUUCCGGCCGGAUCGCAACAAUCCGGCCUAUCACAGCGAAGGCAAAGGAUUGCGCAAGAGACGCAACUGGGCCUCGGAACGACAGCUGACGACCAAUUCCGAUCAUCCGGCUCCUUCCGGCAACGAUCCGGCCACUCCGGCUGCUGCUGCUGCUGCAUCCGCCGUCGCUCAACGCCCAGCGGCCAACUCCAAUGCCCCGCAACGGAGUCACAGUUUCAGCGAGCCGGAUGCUUCCGGCGGACCAGCAGGAGGAGCUUCCCGCACGCCCUUCAAGGAGAAUUCCGGAAUGCGGGAAUCGUUCCGCUGGCGCUUCGGCAGCAGCAAAUCGUCGUCGUCCUCUUCCAAAUCUUCUUCCAUCUCGUCUGACCAUCCGCCCAAAGGUGGCGACACGGGCAAAUCGCCGGCCGGCAACAAUUCGGGAGCUCCUCCCCCUCCUUUGACUCGGACGAAAUCAGAAGGGCUGCCAUCUAGCGGCGGGAAAGACAAUCCAUCGGCAACAACAACAACAACAGUGUCGACGAGCCAACAGCAACCGCCACCUUGUACUAAUCUAAAUAAUCCGCCGGCGGCUGGAAACAAUUGGAGCCAACUCCAUCACCUCCCUGGCGGCCAUUUCAAUAACAAAAGCCCUUCAAAGAAAUGCAUCCACGAUUCAACCACUGUCGUCGAUGGACGCUCGUCUGGCGUUCACAUCCAGCAGCAGCAGGAACACCAGGCCGGCAGUACAAGUCCGUCAGAGCCCAUCUACAGCAACGGCCAGGCACAAACGACAGUGGGCAGCAGUAGCAGCAGUCGAGUGGUGAAUUAUUACGCGUCGACUUCAUCAUCCGGAGGUGCGGAUGCGGAUUACGUCAACUAUGAAAUGUUCGCCUCGCACCAGUACAGCUGGUCCAACCACCAGAAACAGCUGGAACCGGAUCUCAUCCGCAAUUUACCCUACCAGCAACAACAGCAACAACAACAACAGCAAUCGGGAUCGACGGUGGCGGCUCCUGUCAACGGCCACAGCCCGGCCAAACAGCCGGGCAACGCGCCCUUCAUCACAGCCAACCCAUCGCCACAUCAUCGCCAUAGCAACCGCGUUCAUCCCAGUGGAUCGGCUGAAGUCCACCACGGAUUCCGCAACACCAAGGAGUCGUCGUCGUCGUAUCCAGCUGCGUUGGCGGUGAUUCCGCCGACUGGCCAACAACGACUGGGAGGCAGAGAUGCCCAGUCCCCGGCGGAUCAUCGAUCACGAUCGAUUUUCUCUCCAACUUCAUCAUCCAGCAAUAGUUACGUCAACAUGCAACACUUUCCAGCCGCAGCAGCAGCAGCUUCUUCUUCCUCUUCUUCCGGCGGAUAUGUCCCUUACUCGAGGCCUCCGGCUCCGCUGCCCGAGGCGGCCCUGCUAGAGGACCAGCAGUCGCCCUACCCCGUCAGUCCAAUGCAGAGCCUGUCCAUGUCGUCGCCGUCGUGGCAAUGGCCGGACCCGAGCGCCUGCUCCAGUUCCGUCUCUUCCGCCACGGCCCAGGCCCAGGCCGACGAGGAGGAGACCCACUACGCUUCCCAGUUGCGAUCCUCGAUGGCCGCCCUCCUUCACGGCCACAUCCGCCAGUCGUCGACGGCCUCCAACGCUUCGUCGACUUUCUCUUCUUAUUCCGACGAAUUCCGCUCGCCCGUCGACUCGUCCGCCAUCGUCGCCACCCUGGGCAUCCCCUCGCCAUCGGCCGCCGUCGCCAAUUCCGCAAGGACCAACUACGCCUCCAACAAUCAUCCGCCGGCCUCUGAAAGUGGAUACGAGACGUACGCCGAUGUCGGCGGAUGCUACGGCAAUUACAACAACAACAACAACAAUGCGGCCGUCAGUCCAGUGAUGAUGGCGGCCGCCAACUCGUCGUCUUCGCCACCUCCUCCACUUCCGCCCGUUCGAGACGCUUCCAGCUUGAAAUAUGUCAAGUACGGGCCGGGCCACGAGAAGCAUCCGUCGUGGCCGAUGCCCAACAACAGCGGAGUGACUAGCCCUUCCUCGUCGUCCGGCAACAACCAAGCCGUUCCCCAACAGCAACAACAACAACAACAACCCGGAAGUCAGCGGAGUAAAUCGUGGACGGAGCAGACGGAUUACCCCAAAGAGCCGGCGGCUUCCUAUGCUCGCCCAGUUCCAUCCGUCCGUCCGGCGUACAGCCAACAGUUGAAGACGGUCAUGGAGAAUUGCGAGCGCAUUCCGCCGGAAGUGUACCAAGCCACGGCCCAGGGGUCGGGGCCAGGUGGCGACCACAUGUCGCACAUGCUGGACCCUCGCGCCGGAUACGUUCUGCCCUCGUACGACUGCGACGGGCGAAACAUUGACGACAAGGAUUACACGAUCCCCUCGCCGCCGGAACGGGACAUUAGCGGCCCCCGGUUGACCCUGUACAACACGGGCAGCGGCGGCGGAGUGGUGAUGGUGACUGACCGGCCCGGAUCGACUUCGGACGGCUCGGGCGGAGGCGACUACGCCAAAUACGACGACAUCCAGCAGUACUCUCACUCGGAAGGAUAUUCCAGUUACGUUCCAUCCGAAUCGAGUUACGUCAGCGUUAGCGGAACUCCACUGCUGGACCAGCUCCGGCGCUGCGACAACGACGAGCGCAGCAACGGCCACGACGGCCAUGGUGGCGGAGGAGGACCCGGCCAACAAUUCAAAGAGGCUCAAAGCGGCGGAAGGGAUUCCGUCUCGACGGUGGUGACUCACAGCAGUUCCAGCAACAGCUCGAACGAAACUCUGCGCUGGCACGGCUCUUACAGCGACAUUAGCGUCCUGUCCGGCCGCUCUUCCAUGGCCGGCGUCCACCACCAGAGCGAAGCGGCCGCUGCGGCCGCCCUGGUCGUCCACAGCGCCAAGGUCCAGGCGCCGCAACGUCACAAUUCCGAGAGUGUCCUCUACUACGAACGCGAGCAGUCGACGACGAAUCCGGCCACCGGUGGGCCGCCAGCUCCUUCGCCCGUCUGCCCCUCAUCUUCUGCCAACACCAUCAACCGGAUGGGCGGAUGGAACCAGCGAGUGGAGCGCAAGAACCAGUGGAACGCAGUGCAAUCGAGUAAACAGGCGACUCUGCCGGAAGAGUCGUCGUCGUCAUCGGUGUCUUCUUCUUGUUUGACUUCGGCCGUGGACGGAACUCCGGCCCCGCUCUCUGUGGCCGAGAGGAUCCAUCAGCUGGAGUGGCAGUCUCGCUCCGUGCCCAAUUUGACCAAAGGUUUAGAAUCUUCACCUCAGCGCAACAACGCGACCCAUUCCGGGGCUCCGCCGACUCGACCCACUGGACUUUCCCUCCUGGCCAACAGCUCGGACCCGCUCUCUCCAUCUACCGGAGGCAGCCGGAGUAGUUCGAGCAGUUCCAGUUCGAGUUCCAGCAGUUGUAGUGUCACGGGCAACAAUGGCGGAAGCGGCGGAUCGCCGGAAAAGGAGAGUUCGGAUCCCCUGCGCAGCAAGUACACUUACCUGGACCCGGACAAGCGGAUGCGGGUCGCCGAUCCGACCUUGAAAGCCAUCCAGAAGCAGGCUCUCUUGUCGUAUUACGAACGACACGCCGGCCGGUCCAGCAAUGCCUCCAAAUCUCCGCCACCUCCGGCCCUGCCCAGGACCAUGGCCUCAUCCACUUCACCUACUCAUCCAGCCAAGAAUGACGUCCAACCAGCUGGGAGCGUCAACAAUUCUUCAAACUCGCCCGAACUCGUUAGUUCGAAUGCGGCGCUGGUAGCGGUCGAAUCCGGUGGUUUGUUGCCUCCGGCUUCCACUCGCAAGAGUCAACCGGGUGAAAUUGCGGUGCCCAUGGCUGCCAACAACAACAGCCACCACCAACAGCAGCAGAAACCCGAAAGGGGAUUGAUUCCGCCGGAACGUCCGCCCAAGAAACCGCAUUUGAGGGCCGGCGGAGGUGGGAUCAGCCCGGAUCAGGAGAUGCGCCGGAUCGAAGCCUCUGUCCAGGAAUUGAUGAAUUUGAAUCAGCAACAACAGCAGCAACAACAUCAAACCAGACAGUCGGUGGCUCCUCCGCCGCUUCCGACGACCAGGAAACCUCCGGCUCCUGAUCCGCCCAUGUCGCCUCCUCAACGGGCCUGCCCAGUCUCCCCGGCAUCAUCGACCAGUCCGGUGUCUCCGCCGCCAGUUCAAAUGGUGCGGAGUUCCAGUCCGGAUUUACCUCCGCCUCCGCCGCCGACGGCGGAUUGCGCCGAAGUGGCCGAUUUCGAGGACCCGCUGCCUCCGCCUCCGCCUCACAUUGUUUUGCUGGACGAUCCGUCGUCGGCAAUGACGCCGCAACACAAAACUCCGUCGCCCGCACCUCCGACGCCGCCUCCACCGUCGCUUCCGGCUCCGCAAUCCAAUGCUUCUGCCUCGACUUACCACCAAGAGUCUUACAUGGCGCACCGCAAGAGUCACCACAGUCCCAACGGCGGAUAUCACAGGCGAUCCGCCGAUAAUCUUCUCGAGUCUUCUUUGAACUCUCACGCCUGGGAGAAGCACUACAAUGUCCGGCAGGGGAGUUCGGCCGCCACGACGUUGAUUUUCUCAUCGGCGGAAGCCCUUCACAUCCAGUCGAGCUCCGCUGCGGAAUCUUCCGCUUCGAAUUGUCAAGUGAACGUGACUCCGUCGCCUCCUCCUCCUCCGGCGGCUGGUGGAUCGGCCGUCGAGUCCAAUGCCAAAUCGACGUACAUUUCUGAGCUGACGAUCCAGACGUGCGCCGUGCCGCAGACGGAGACGCUCCCAGUUGCCCAGCAACCGGAGGCUCGUCCCACCACUCCGCAGCACACGUACCGGUCGCUGAUGAACGCCAAAGCGGAGCGGUUCAAUUACCUCCGCCAAGUGAGCGAAGGCCGGCCCUAUCCAUCGUCUUCCACCUCGUCGUCAUCGACGGCGGGCAAUUCGAAGCUGUCGGAUCCCGGUCCGCCUAAAUCGCUGAUGGAUUUGAACUUGUCGCGAGCUGCCGCUUCCGGCGUCCAGCACCAGAGGAGCCAUUCGGACAGCGAUAGCCCUUCGUUGGCAUCGGCUUCCAUCCAACCGCCAAAGCCUCCGGUGCCGCCCAAAGUGGCCCCUCCGCCGAGACCCAAGCGGCCGGAAGAGGUGGAAUGCGACCAGCUCAGCAAGGAUCUGAUGAACCACCUGCUGCCAUCCGACUCACGACUUCACGCUUUGCUCAGCGUCCCCGAUCCGGCCCAGGCGGCCGCCUGCCUCCGCACCGAGGGCCUCCUCGAAGUGACUCCUCCGCCCGCCACCGCUUCCUCCUCUUCGCCCGUCUCCCUUCAAGUCACCACCCCCACGUCGAUUCCCAGCCCCGCUGCCACCACUCCGACUUCGCCCAGUCACUCGUCGCUCGCCUCUCCGCAAUCUCCUGUGACGUCACCGAUGACCUCAUCCACCUCGCCAAAAUCCAACAGUUGCGCACCUCUUCCGGCUACUUCGGCUUAUUUUACGACGUCGGAGCCUCGAGCUAAACUGCUGACGCGUUACCAUAGCAACCACAUUCUCAACAGCCUCGACGGCAGUGAAUCCGGCGGCGGAAUGCAAUACGGAAGAAACGGAGAACCCGUCGAUUCCGAAUUACUCAUUAAGAAAAAGGAGGAGCUGGUGUCGCGACUGGCCCGAAAGCUGGACGUGCUCCGCUCUGAGCGCGAGGCCAUCCAGGAGGAGGUGGAAGCCAACGAAUUGCUGGGUCGCUCGGUGACGAGCCGAGUGGCUUGCGUAGCAACGCCGGCCGAGACCAACAAGGUCUUCCUCCACGUCGCCGAGGUGGACAAGAUCACGGCCCUGCUUUUGGCGCUGGCCGGCCGAUUGGCCCGAGCCCAAAACGCCCUCCUUUCACUUCCCAACCAAGCCGAAGCCCAAGAAAAGAUGGUGUUGGAAGGGAAGCGGGACAAGCUGCUGGAGCAGCUGGAAGAGGCGAAACGUUUGAAGGAGAAUAUCGACCGGCGGUCGCGCCAGGUGUCGGGCCUGCUCUCGAAAUACUUGACGGAAGAAGAGUUUGCCGAUUACAGCCACUUUGUCACGAUGAAAGCCAAAUUGGUCAUUGAUCAGCGAGAAAUCGACGAGAAAAUCAAGCUGGGUGAUGAACAGCUGGCCGCUCUCCGAGAAACGCUUCAUCUUCGACCCAGAGUCUGAUGGCGGGAAAAACGAUUUGUUUUUCAAAUAUGUUUUUUCUCCCACGACGAAAAAAAAAAGAAAUUAGUGAUGUUUUGUUUGAUUUCUUUUUUAAUUUUUUUUUGUUGUUGUUCCUUUUCAAGUCAAAAGAAAUUGAAAACAAAAUUUUUAAUUUUCAAUUCUCUUCAUUCCCCCCUUUUCCACCCCACAAAUUUUGAUUUUGAUUUUUUUAAAUUUUCGUUCUGGUCGCUGGACACUCAUUAAAAAAGCAUUCGGGCUGGACUUGUUGGCCUCGUCAGCUGUGUGACCGAAAUCCGUUAUCGUUGAUUCGUGUCAUGUGUUGUUGACGAUCCCUUAACGCUCUCCGCUGGGCCAUUUUGUAUGUCCAUAUUUUGUAAAUUUUUACCUUCCCCCUCGACAUUUUUGUUUUUUAUUAUUUUAAAUUCCCUUUGAAAACAAAAAAGGAAAAUUGGUGAUCGAUUCUUCUUAUUAUUUGGCAUGUUUUUUUUUUAAUUUCCGCCGGAAUCUGCAACACUUUAUUCGUGCUGAUUAUAUAAUGCGUGUGUGUACUCUUAUAUUAAUUCAUUGUGUGUGUACAGUUCAUGACGUAGAAAGAAGAAGAAGAAGAAAAAAAAACCCAGGGCCGUUCCGGACUGGGUUUUUUAAAAUUCUUUAUCUUUUUGAAAGGAAAAAAGAAAAAUGUUUGUGUAACCUUCAUCUCCUCCUUCAACGUCCUCAAUUGUAACGGUUGUUAAAAAAAAAAAAUAACGGCGAUCUCAAUCCCCCUUACUCCUCCCUCCUCUAUACUCUGAUUUCUUAAUUUUUUGAUUUCCUCAUUCAUCUCUUUUAUCUCUUAAAUUGGACAAAUUUAUUACCUUUUUUUUUUUUAAGAUUUGUGGGAAAAAUAUUCGCCCGCGCUUCCUCAUUUCCAAACAAAAUUAUUUUCCCUUACAUCACACACACACACUCGCCAGGCCUCCACUGUUGUUUCUCUCUUUUCUCAAUUGGGUCAUAUUUUCUUUCUCUCUUUACACACAGACACACAAGUCCUUGGAAUUUUGUUAAAUAUCAUAUUUUAAAAAAAUUAUUAACCGUAAAAUAUGUGGGGAGGGUUUAAUUUUUUCUUCUUCAAUUUUUUAAUUUUCCAAUGGCGGAUCCCGUGCUCCUCUCUCUUUUUUUUUACUGCUGCUGCUACUAUGCUGCUUUUAUAAUAUUUGUUUUUCUUUUCUCUUUUCAAAUGACGGAUGUGAAAAUUGAUUGUCUUUUUUUAUUAAUUUUUUUUUUUAAUUUUGGAAAAAAAAAUUGUCAGGAAAGAAUAACGUGCCUUAAAUCUUUUCAAAAGUGUCUUUCUUUGACUGGAAAAAAAAAAUUCUUGCAAGUGAUGUUUUUGAUUUUUUUCCAUUUUUCACCUCCUCCUUUAAUUUUCGAAUUUUCUUUUUGGUCUUUCCUGCCAAUGAAAAAAUUGUUUAAUUACCGAAUGGGGGAGGGGCGAUUGAGUGAGACUGGACGACGGAGGGCGAAUCCCCUUUUUUUUAUAUAUUCUAUACAUAAUUAAUCGACAAUUUUGUUUUAUUUUCUGUGCUUGGCGGAAUUUUUUUGAAAUUGAUGUUUUUUUUUAUUAUUGGAUGAAAACUCCCAAAAAAAAACGAAGAGAAAAUAAUAGAACGACAUAAAAAGAAAAAAAAAUGUUGUCCUUCUCCAAUUCUUUUGUAACAUCACAUCUAAAACAUUCAAUAUAGAGAUUUGAAU